AUGGCCUCCAUAGAAACACCAGUUCCAGAAGCUGGAAGGAUGGUAGUGCCACCAUCCGAAUCCUCGGGUCUGGAGCCUGAAAAGGCCAAGCUGUCAUGUGAAGUCCCGGCCCCAGAAUCGAAAAAAGUGGAGCCUCCACGUCAACAUAUGGAUUUUGGUGGCUGGGGCUGGAAGGAUCUUCCUUCCGAACUUCAAAAGCUUCGAUGCAAGGUGGCUUUUCACGCAUUGAGAUUCGCCCCACAUAUCUGCGAACUUGGUAACAAGAUUACAGAGAGGAUGAGAAGCAAGGGGCUGUAUCUUGCUCUCCAUCUGCGUAUGGAGAAGGAUGUAUGGGUGAGGACAGGAUGUCUUCCUGGUCUAAGCCGUGAGUAUGACGUGAUGAUAAAUAAUGAGAGGAAGUUCAGGCCGGAGCUCUUGACUUCAAGAAAUAACAUGACCUACCGCGAGAGAAAACUUGCCGGUCUCUGCCCCUUAAAUGCCUUGGAGGUCACACGAUUGCUCAAAGCAUUGGGAGCACCAAAAAGUACAAGAAUUUAUUGGGCCGGAGGGAUUCCAUUAGGUGGAAAAGAAGCUUUGCGACCUUUGACUAGAGAAUUUCCUCAUUUUUUUAACAAGGAAGACCUUGCCCUGCCGGAAGAGCUCGAACCAUUUGCAAAGAAAGCUUCAUUAAUGGCUGCUAUCGAUCACAUUGUUUCUGAGAAUAGCGACGUAUUCAUGGUGUCUCAUGGUGGAAAUAUGGGCCAUGCCAUUCAGGGUCAGAGGGCCUAUGCAGGGCACAAAAAGACCAUCACACCUGACAAAAGACGGAUGCUUCUAUACUUUAUGAAUUCUUCUCUCCCUGAAGACGAGUUCAACAACAUUAUAAUGGAUUUGCACAGAGAAUCAUUGGGGCAGCCCGAAGUCAAGAAGACAGCUCCAAACAGGAUGUAUUUGACAAAUGCAUUACAGUCGAGUUCUUCAAAAUACCUUGAAAUUCGACAAGGCCUCUACAUAUCAGCAUUCGCACCUCUUCUUAGAGGUGUGCUGCCAUUCAGGAUGGCAUGUGAUAUGUGGUUUAGCUUUGCUCCCAUGACUCCUCUUAAACAGAACACACUUUUUACUCCUCAAGAAAAGACAUUUUUAUCAACUGGGCUGUCAAGUUCUCAGCUGAAAAUUGUGGAAAAUGGAAAAACAGAUGAUAAAAAUGAGUUUUGGAAACAGCCUGAGGGGAUGGGGUAUAGGCCUUGUUUGGAUUUCAGUGUAAAAUACAGAGAGGAAACUGUUGAAAUUAUGAAGGACAGGACUAAGUAUUUAGUGGUCGUGGUUUCUGGUGGAAUGAAUCAGCAGAGGAAUCAAAUUGUUGAUGCUGUAGUGAUUGCAAGAAUUCUUGGAGCUGCUCUGGUUGUUCCUGUCUUGAAAGUCAAUGUCAUUUGGGGUGAUGAAAGUGAAUUUUCUGAUAUUUUUGAUUUGGAUCAUUUCAAGAAUGUUUUGGCGAAUGAUGUUCGAAUAGUUUCAUCACUUCCCUGGACACAUUUGAUGACUACGCAGAUGGAGAAGAAGACGAUCCCUUUUAAUGUUUCUCCCACACGGAUUCGCUCUAGCUACCUUAAACAACUUAGAAGAGUUGGCGUAUUACUUUUACAAGCCACAAGGACAGCAUUCGAUUCUCUACUGAAAGUUGCAAGAAGAAAAGGAGAUAAGAAAAUGCCGAUGAAGACGUUGGAAGCAACAAUAUCAACAUUUGAUGAGGUUUUUCAGAAAUUUACAAGUGAAUCGCCAAACUACAAAGCCAAUUUCAUCGUCUUCUUGGCUGACAAAGACCCAUCCACCAAUCUUAGCUGGUGCCCUGAUUGUGUGAGAGCUGAGCCCAUCAUAUACAAGAAGUUUGAAUCAUCACCAGACGAUGUGGCACUGCUGAAGGCUUACGUUGGAGAUAGACCUACAUGGAGGAAUCCCCAUCACCCAUGGAGAAUUGACUCGAGGUUUAAGCUCAAAGGAGUUCCAACAUUAGUUUGCUGGGAAGAUGGUGCAAUAAAGGGUCGUCUGGAAGAUCACGAAGCACAUCUGGAGCACAAACUUGAUGCCCUUCUAUCUGGGAAGUAA